GCCAGCAACGACCAGUCAGGAGAAAAAUAAGCCUCAAGUCAACAACAGUACAACACUCGGGCUGGCAGUUGACGAGAGACCGGGAGGGGGAGUGCACUGGAAUCACAACAAAGAACAUAUCAUAAUAGAGAAGAGCAAGGAGAUAACGACCUGAGAAGCGAGUAAGAGGGAACAGACCACCAGAAGAAGAGGAAGAGGAGCUGAGUUAGGGUGCUUGUGUGUGUGUGUGUGUGUGUGUGUGAGUGAGUGAAUGCCCGUCCAGCCUCUCCUCGCCCUAGCCAGUCAGUGAGGCGUCGGGAUGGGCGUGGAGCAGCAGGAAGAUGGGCGUGACCUGGCGUUCCUGCGGGAGGUGAAGAGGGAUCUCACCACUGCGCGGGAGGAGUGUGUGAGGCGUGGGCUGCUUCACACCUGCAAGUGGCUGAGUGAGCUGCUGGUGUGUGUGCGGGAUGUGCAGCUGGAGGAGCCUCUACCCCACUGCCCGCCCCUGCAGGAGGUGCUGGGUGAGGAGCUGGACCAUUACAACCUGGCCAAGUCCUAUUUUGAUCUGAAGGAGUAUGACAGGUGUUCCUACUUCACCAAGCACUGCACCACAGCACUGGGUCGCUUCCUGCACCUCUAUUCCAGCUAUCUGUCUGGGGAGAAGAAGAAGAACGAUGAUAUAGUGGAUGCAUUAGUGGCCAAUGAGCAGCACAAGGGUGUUUACCUGAAGGUGCUGCACACAGAGCUCUCCAAGAUGUACAACCUCUCCUCCUCCCCCACCAGGGAUGACGAGGGUGGCGACAACAACAGCAGCAGCAGCAGUGGGGGUGGCAUGGAUGCGUGGCUGUUGUGGGUGUAUGGCGUGGUGCUGAAACGGUUGGACUUGACUCAGCAGGCUGUGGAGGUGCUGAGUGAGGCUGUGCACCUGGAGCCUCUGCACUGGGGUGCUUGGCUGGAGCUGGCUGCCCUCAUCACUGACAGGGAGAUGCUGGGCACACUCAAGCUGCCGGACCACUGGAUGCGCCGGCUGUUCCUGGCCCACACCUACCUGGAGCUACAGCUGAAUGACGAGGCCUUGGAGAUCUACACCAGUCUGCAAAACGCUGGCCUGCACCACUCCACGUACAUCAUGGCACAGGUGGCCAUCACACACCACAACCAGCGGGAUGUGGACCAGGCAGUGACCAUCUUCAAGGAGCUGGAGGCAGUGGACCCCUUCCGGCUGGACAACCUGGACACAUACUCCAACCUGCUGUACGUGAAGGAGAUGCGUGUGGAGCUGUCCCACCUCGCCCACCGCAUUGUGCAGGUGGACAAGUACCGUGUGGAGACCUGCUGUGUUAUUGGUAACUACUACAGCUUGCGGUCCCAGCAUGAGAAGGCGGUGCAGUACUUCCAGCGGGCCCUGCGCCUCAACCCACACUACCUGGCUGCCUGGACGCUCAUGGGCCACGAGUACAUGGAGAUGAAGAACACCAACGCCGCCAUUCAGUGCUAUAGGCAGGCCAUUGAGGUGAACCGGAGGGACUACCGGGCAUGGUACGGACUGGGACAGACCUACGAGAUCCUCAAGCUGCCGGCCUACUGCCUCUACUACUUCAAGCAGGCCCAGAAGCUGCGGCCCAAUGACUCCCGCAUGCUGGUGGCCCUCGGGGAGAGCUAUGAGAAGCUGGAGAAGACAGAGGAGGCCAAGAAGUGCUUCCUGAAGGCGCACAGUGUUGGCGACAUUGAGGGCAUUGCUCUACUCAGGCUGGCCAAGUUGUACAGUCGGCUGACGGAAGCUGACCGCGCCGCCGUGCUGUAUGAGCGGUACCUGCAGGAGACAGAGGAGGUGGGGCCCAAUGAGGACCGGGGGCAGGCAUACCACUUCCUAGCCAACCACUGUCUGCAGAAGAAUGUCUUUGACCUCGCCUACGAAUAUGCCCAGAAAUGCACACUCUUCCAUGAGACACGUGAGGCGGCCAAGACCAUGCUGAGGGAGAUUGCCAACCGACGACAGCACUCUGACCAGAACCCUCAGGAUGACUGUGGCAGUGUGCUGGUGAACAGAGUGCGGCCCAGACCUCUAGGUAACGACCGCACCAACAACAGCAGACUGCCACCCCUCUCCCUCACCUACACCCCCUAGCACACCCAGCCCCUGCCAUAACUAAGGAAAUUCAUCUCAUUAGCGUCCAUUUUCCCCAUACUGUCACCCCGUGUUGAUUUUGUAUACACUCAUCAUCCCUUGGUUACAAACAUACAUACACACACUAUCCUGCUUGCCCACCCAGAAUACUCAAGUACAUACAUGAUAAUACUAUGUCAUCCUACCCUACAUUAAAAAUUUUUAAUACACACAUGCUAAUACAUAUCCUAGACUUUUGCCAAUUCUUUUUUUUUCCUCCUGGUGUGAGCAUUCUUCUUCUCCCAACCAACAUCAAUUGCUGCUUGUCUUUCUUCUACCAACACUCUCACUGGUGUGGAUAACAGUACAGGAUGGGGUGGGUGGUGGCAGUGCCAUCCCUCGUAACUGUAGAGCACUUGCUGCCCCUCAGGGUCACUUGAGAUGCCAUUCCCCAUGUAGAGUGUGAGAGAAGAAUGUGCCAGCCAGCAGCCUCACCACUACACUGGCCAGACACCCACACACCUCAUGCUGCCAGGUUAGCUUGGUGUUUUGAUCCUGGGAAAUGCACAUUCACUAAGUAACCAUUUAGUGAAAGUUUCUGCAUGAAAUGUGGUCACACUAUCUCUGUGCCCAAGAUGGCCUUGGCCACAUAACUAUAAAUGAAAGGCACAGUUCAGAGUGUGCUUUAUAACAUUGCCGGCCUCCUCCAAGCCCUCAGCAUUGUGUGUGGUGCAUACAUAAUCACCACGGGGACACUUGCUGCACACAGGAAUAGGCAUGUUCUGUGCAGAAUGGUGAUGGUGCCAGUGGUGGUUUGGUGGGCAGCCUUGUGGUGAAGGAUGUUAUUACUGUACUAAUAACACUUCCUGGUACAUCUUCACAUUGAUGCUCCCACCACUCAUUCUUCUGUGGCACAGAAAACAGGUGCAGAAUGUCAUCCAGUGGAAGCAGGUCACUUCAGCUCUUCCUUUCCCAAGUGACAUGCUGAGGGAAUAACUUUAUCUAUUACAAUAAACACCUGUGUAAUAAUUUUCAUGUUGCCACAUUUAGCAAACCUGUAUGAUGAACAAGUCCUUCACCUUUCCCUUGUCUCUGAACAACCCAACUCAUGCCCACCACACUUCUGCCACACACAACAUAUACACACACACUUUAUUCUGCUUAUAUUCCUAACGUAUCUCAUCUCCCAUCAUCUAUUCCCUCAACACCAGUCCUCCUCUCCCAUCAUCUCUAACAGCCGUCAUCAAGUUACUUGUAGUGAGGCAAGUUUCACUCUGCCCAGCGUGAUCAGCCAGUUAAUGGAUCAGAGAUUCAUUAUUGGUACAAAAGAUUAUGUCUAUAUUUUUACACUUACGAGAACCAAUAAUUCCCUUUGUAAAUUAUGUAUAAAUGUGGUAUCCAUAUUUAUAUACCAUAACUGCAUGCAUUGCCCUUGUAUUGUGCCAGUGAUGAUUAAUGACACGAAAUAUACUACUUGUGACACUUCUGCCUUAUUAUUGAAACCCCACACACAUUACCCCAACUACUGCUUAGAUCCCUGGAAUCAGAUGUAGAGAAUAGUCAUUGAGUAAGGGUGAAAGGAAUAAUGAAGACAACUACAAUAGAAUACUGACAAACUAUUCUAAGACACCAGCAUUAGGACUUAUGUUAGAAACAAACCCAUCAAUACUUGAACAUUUAUUAAGUAGCCAGGAUCCAUCACCAAGACAACAACCAACCUUCCUUGGUGCCUCACUGCGAUAAAAGAACAAAACAGAAUGAGCACAUCCUUUCACAUAGCAACGGCAGGGCAGCGAGGCACCAGGGCUGCAGUGUUGACUCCCACUCCAGGAUAUGUCUAGCAGUGCAGUCCGGCCCACUAAUUAUUUCUAGGCCAGACUCCACAGCCAGCCAGCGCCAGAGAAUGGAGACUCCCACAGGGCACUCAAAACAAAUACCAAGUGGUCUGUGGGUGCCAGCGCUCUCUGUCUCACUCAACCAUAAACUUAAAGAAUAAACAUAAGGAGACGCGAGCCAUCUACUUCUUUUGGCUCGGCUCAUAAAACUGGCUACCAUCAAAAUGCAUUCCAUGAUCUGAAUUAAGUGAAUCUGCCUACUUGACUGAAUGACUGACUGACUGACAGACUGACAGGACAAGGAUAACAGUCUACUAAGAACAUGACACGUUAAGCUGAAAAGAGAUUCCUCGUCAUUCCUUGUCACAUUUGCAUAUCACUUUUGUUUACCUAAGAGUAACCACAGAACACCCACAGCAAUGUUUCCUAAAAAGACUCACAAUAUACUUGCACCUUCACUUAUUUUUUUAAUUUUCCUUAUAUACUUUGUACGUAUGGACAAUAAACAAUCAUAAUCAUCAUCAGCCAAUCACCACAGCCUUCAUCCUAGUUCAGUAAUGGGUUAACACAGUCUCACUUAUGUGCUAGACUAUUGCCCUUAAGCACCAGUAUCAAAAAUACAUGGAACCUACGAUGCUGUGGGAGUUCUGUGGCAGUGCGGACAUCACAUCCUCACACUGCAUCCUAAGACAACCUUGUUUUUUUUUUAAGUUUCCUACCGAUCAUCCCAAUCACCGAACCCCACACUGUGAUAAUUUUUCUCACUCGUUCAUUCACUCGGUCAUCAAACCCCACACACUGAUACACUAUUCACUCACUUACAAUCUCCCAAUCAAACAUUAAUACACUGUUCUCACACACACACACACACACACACCCAAUCAAUAAGCUCUCUCACUCAUACACUCUUCUAAUCAACAUCCACACAAUGUUAAGUUUUUCUCUCACUCGUUCACUCACUCUCUCUCAAUUACCAAGCUCCACAUUCACACAGUUCUUUCACUCUUACCUGCACUGCUAAACUGUUCCUCUUCCUAUCUAUAUAUCUCUCUCUCAGUUCCUCCAAUCAGACCGAGGGCUUGGGGCACACACACACUACAAGGUAAACACUAUGAAUAUCUAAGUAACAACCUACACACUACUGUUGUUGCAUUGAACCACAUCCUGAAUUGAUAUAUAUGAAAAAAAAAAAUCAGGCCUCAGCUCAAAAUUCUGAACUAAUAAUUAUUGAUAAGAAAGUAUAAAAGGUUUUUCCUUGAUACUUCAUUUUGCUUUUUUUUUUAUAUAUUUUUCUUUUUUUAUAUUGAUGAAGUCCAGCUUCCAUCAAUGUUAAUUUUGUGGAAACUUAAAGGCUUCUAAUGUUAUGUGAAGUGUGGAUGCGUCUGAUUGUGUAAGUGAGGGACUGAUGGUGUGGUGGAGUGUUGUCGGGAGUUUGCUGGCCAGUGAUGGCAACACCUUUCCAUCUAAGGUGACGGAAACUUGAAGCCAUCACCACCUGUGGAUACCUGUGAAGAUAAGCUACUUGACUUGUCUGGGCGGUGUGUGUGUGUGUGUGUGUGUGUGUGUGUGUGUGUGUGUGUGUGUGUGUGUGUGUGUGUGUGUGUGUGUGUGUGUGUGUGUGUGUGUGUGUGUGUGUGUGUGUGUGUGUGUAUACUUGACUUGUCUGAGGACGUGCAUGUCUGAGUAUGUAUGUACUUGAUUUGUAUAGGGAUGUAUCUGUGUUUCACGGUAUCUGUGUUUCAAGAGGUCUGCAUAGGUGCCAAACUGUCCCUUAACAGGAAUACCUGUGUGUCCCAUAACAAGAGUACCUAUGACCACCCACAACACUAUUUAACCUUCCUACCAUUACCUACCUCAGCAAACCUACAGGGCAGCUCCCUCUAGUGACCUCCUCAGCUCUGCCCCUCACCAAUCACACCUGAACUUUGCCUCUCAAUACCAUGUUCCUUAACCCAGUGUAUCUUCUCUCUUGACUUGCUACCUCCCAUGACCCUUCUGUCCCCUUCCCCCAAAAUCUCAUGGAAUUAGCUGCCCUGUUUAAACCAUCACAACUAAUUGCUAUCAUGCUGACCUACAUUCAUGCUAUAUUCAUUGCUAAUUCACCAACUAACACUUGCAUUUUCUGCCUUGUAUUCUUGUACGCACACUCACUGGCUGACCUACAUAGACCUCUUGUGUGUGUGUGUGUGUGUGUGUGUGUGUGUGUGUGUGUGUGUGUGUGUAUCUAGUUGUGUUUGUCUGUGCGUGUAUAUUUACGUACCUAGUUGUUGUUUUGUUGUAUGAGUGUGUAUUUACCUAGUCAUGGUGUGUGUGUGUGUGUGUGUGUGUGUGUGUGUGUGUGUGUGUGUGUGUGUGUGUGUGUGUGUGUGUGUGUGUGUGUGUGUGUGUGUGUGUGUGUGUGUGUGUGUGUGUGUGUGUUUAUAUGGUCACUAACAC